AUGGAUCACGCGCAACUUACUCAGCUUUUAGUUGAUCUUCGCUCAACCAACAAUGAGGUCCGAAAAGCAGCUGAGGCUCAGUAUGAUAGCACUGUUCAGUCUACCCCAGAAUGGAUGAUGCACGCUUUAUCAGAGGUAUGUGCCGCAACUCAGGAUUCAGCCACCUGCGCAAUUGGGCUUGUUUUACUACGGAAGCUUUUUAACCUCCGACCCUCUCCCUUUGAUGGUGCUGAUACCACAACAAAGGAGGCUAUUAAGGCCAGACUACUGCAGAUACUAGGUACAGCAGCGUUUGGAACACAACGAGGAUCGGCCGCGGCAUGUGUUAGCGCUUUGGCUGUGCGCGUUUUUGAACUGCAUCAGGGUUGGAGUGAGCUAUGGAAAAGUAUUUUCGACAUCAUUGGCUCACCUGACUCUCAGGAAGAUCUAAAAGCAGUUUGCUGCGAAAUCAUUUCUGCCACGGCCAGUACAAUGACUAAAUUCUUCGAAGCUCACAUUGAUUUACUUAUUGUUGGCUUACGCAACUGUCUUCAGACGCAGGGUGCUGCCUUGAAUGUAAAGAGUGCUGCAUUUGAGGCUGCUAUUUCCCUCGCAACCCUUGGAUUUAGCACCAAAGUUUCAGCUCUUGUUCCUACUAUGCUGGAAGUUGUGCAGGUGCGGUUAAACGCCAAUGAUUGGGAUAGCGCUGAGGCAUUUACCGCGUCUAUUGUCGAAGGUAUUUCAAACAGCCCUCAACUGUUUGAAGGACACGCAGUGGAAUUGUUAACUGGUAUGAUGCAGGUUGCUGCAACGCCUUCUGUAAGCGCUAAUGCUCGCCACAUGGCUGUGGAAUCUCUUCUUUCAUUUUGUGAGGAGCAGCCGAAGAUUGCUCGCAAGGUUCAACAAUUUCCGACCGCAUUCUUUAACUUGCUUUUUCAAUAUCUCCUCAAUGCCGAAUAUAAUGAUAAUUGGGAUAUCACCCUCGAUGAAGAAGAAGAGGAAUUGGAAGAGCAGAACGACUUCGCUAUCGGUGCGAACGGUCUCGAUCGCAUCACCACCGCGAUCGGCGGCCGAAAGCUGCAAGGCACUGCCCAGAAGAUCUUCACUGAUAAUAUUUUCAGCACCGAAUGGCGGAAUCAGUGCGCAGCUCUCGUGCUCAUUUGCUACACCUCCGAGGGCUUUGUGAACGUCUUCCAAAAGCAAUUGAAGGAGUUGGUGCCUGUCAUACUUUCGUGCGUUAAGAGCGAGGUGAAGUAUGUGCGUUAUUCGAGCUUGGAGUGUUUGGGGCAGAUGUGCCAGGACUUCGGGCCGAAUCUCCAGAUCGAGAUGCACUCGCAGAUGCUUUUGCCGAUCAUUGAAGCGCUACGGGAUCCCAUCCCGCGCGUCGCUGCCAGCGCCGCGCUUUGCUUGAACUCUUUCUUUCAUGAACUCUACGAGCCCGAGGAUGAGGACGACGAGAAUAAUGACCAGUACGUCAAAGAAUUUGAACCCUACGUGAAGCAGUGUUGUAUUGAGGCAGUGAAUCUGAUUCAUAGCACGCAGUAUAUGUUUGUCCGUGAGGCCGCGUUAGGCAUGCUUUCCUCUCUUACCGCUGCUAUGAAGGACAAGCUCACUACCUAUGUUCAUGAUCUCGUUCCCGUUUAUCAGGAAGUGCUUAGGUUGCCUGAUACGCAUGAGGUGAUGAAGUGCAAAUGCAAGGCCAUCGAGUGCGUCACGCUGUUGGCAUCUAGCGCAGGCAAGGAAGUAUUUAAACCCUACGCUCAUGAGAUCUGCACCUAUUUAUCCUCGCUGACUAUGAGCGGGAUAUCAAACGAUGAUCCUCGUUUUCGCUUCGUGUUGCGUGCGUGGACCUGUAUGGUAGAAUGUCUAAAGGAUGAAGUCCUUCCGUAUAUGCAGGGCGUCAUUCCCUUGCUUAUUUCUGUUAUGAACACGAAGUGCGAUUUACAAAUGGAGGAUGUGCAGGUCGGAGGUGAUGAUGACACCAACCCGAACGCUGAAGAAGACGAUAAAAAAGGGAUUGAGCGUAUUCGAGUUAUUGUACCUGGUACUGGCGAAAAAGUUGUCAAGGUGCAUACUUCUCUCAUUGAAGAUAAGGAUUUGGCCAUGAUUAUUAUCAAUGCUAUUGUGACUGAGUUAGGGGAGUCCCUUAGCUCUCAUUUUUACGAAAUUGCUAACAUCGCUGUGGAGCAGCUGAGUUUCCAGGCUAACUCCUCUAUCAGAGAAAACGGUGCGCUUAUUGUGGAUGGUAUUCUUAAGGUUUAUAAGAAGUCCCAAUCCCAGGAAGGUUUGCAGCUUGCGCGGUAUACACUAAACCCUCUUCUAGAAGCUCUUGCCGAAGAGGGAGAGAAGGAUGUGAUGGAAACGUUUAUGAGUAUCCUCGGAACGAUCGUGGAUUCCUAUCCGGAGAUUGUUACCGAGGAAAGCGUUCGCGUGAUUAGUGAGAAGCUUCUUUCUACCUUAACUGUGUUAAUCAAAGAGCGCGCGGAGGUCGUUUCGAAAGUGAGCCAAGAGCAAGAUGAGGACGAAAUCGACAACCUCGAAGAGAUGGAUGAGGAGCUGAAAUCUAGCAUCACCUCCGCCACGGACCUUAUCGGGACCCUUUUGGAGAAAUCUAGUGCGAUCUUCGGGCCGUAUUUCGCGCAGAGCUUUUUGCCUCUCAUCGCCGCAUGGUUGCAGCCGAGCGAGGAUGACUUUAACGUGCAGCGUGGGCAGGUCGUGCUGUGUGAUUUUGUUGAGCAUGCGCCUGCCUUCGUAGCGAGCUCACUCCCUACCAUUCUCUCAACCACUCUGGCCUUCACGAGCACCCGCAAGGAUGAAGAUUUCUUACAAAGCAAUUUUUAUUUAAUCAACCAGCUCGUGCAGUACCUCGGAUUGCAGACAACGCAGGUGGACCCGAGUGUGAAUGGGGCCGACUUCGCCCUUCACGCACAGCGCGCCAUUGUUCCUUACUUCAGCUCUAAUGAAAGUAAAGACCCUAUAUACGAGCACUGCACCUGUAAUGCCGUGAGCGCCUACGUUUCAAUGCUCCAUUACUUCUAUCAGCCUCUCUUGAGCACCCUGACGUCGAUGCUGGAGACAAUCACGACAAACCUGCCGUGUAGUGGUGAUACCAUUGAGGCGAAGCGCGUUCAUGAUCGUUUGAUUUUAUGGAUAACGCAGCAUCAUCCAGUGUUGCAGAACUCCCCAGAAGCUGUUUGGCAGGCAGUGGUUGCGAAGAUAAAGACUGCCGAGGCAGAUUGCCUGUCAGAUGCUGCCAAAGCUCAGUUGAUGCAAUUGUGA